AAAAAAUUUGUAGUUAUUUGUCUCAAAUUUUUACUCCCCCAUUGUUUGUUAUAUAUGAAGUCCUUUUUCCUUUUAUCUUAUCUCCACAGUAGCACACACAGGCUAAUGCUUUGUAUCAAAAUCUUAAAAAAAUGACAAAAACUGCAAUUGUCCUGCUGAUCGAAGAUGCUGAAGAGAUGGAAGUGGUCACACCGGUGGACAUCCUCAGGCGGGCAGGUGUCAAAGUGACAAUCGCCGGCAUUGCAGGGAGCUCGCCUGUCAGAUGCAGCAGGGAUAUUUAUAUAGUUCCUGACGAAUCCCUUGAGAGCGCCGUCACCAAAGGCCCUUAUGAUGCUGUUAUCUUGCCUGGUGGCCGGAUAGGCUCAAAGAAUCUAGCAGAUUCGGAAGCUGUUGGUGCUUUGGUGAGGCAGCAGGAGGCGGAAGGUAGAAUUUUAGCAACAAUCUGCGCUGCAGCGACCGCCCUAAAAAAACACGGCGUUGGCAAAGGCAAGAGGGUCACCACAUUCCCGACCUCUCAGGCUGCAAUGGAGAAAGACGGUGAUUACAUCUACUCACAAGACAGAGUUGUCGUCGAUGGCAACCUGAUCACCAGUCGCGGGCCUGGAACCGCGUUGGAAUUUGCUUUGGCUAUCACCGAGGCCUUGGUAGGAAAAGAACAGAUGGACGCCUUGGCCGAUAAUAUUCUUUUCAAAAAGUAAUUCUGAAAUGUGCAGAAAUAUGUAAGGAGCCCAUGUAUGGAGUGUGGAGCCUUAUGCAUAUUGCAUACAGAUUUUCCAGGUCAAUUUUCUUUUUUAAUAAAAUUUGACCGAGAAGAAUACAUAAUAAUAAUAAAUCACCCUGAAUAA